UUGCAGGAAACCGUCUACGUUUCCGGUAAUGUUGUUGCUAAUCUUGCUAGCUUGACAAAGUCCCUAGAGUGACUUGUGACGCUCCUCUCCCAGCAUGGAAAACACACCUCAGUCCACACGUUACCUCUAGACUAACUCCACACAACGUAAAGUUGGGAUUAUGGACUCCUCUACAAACAGCUUAGAUGAUGCGUCAGCAGACAGCAGCGCUGAGUUUCCAGACCGAGCAUCCAUGAUGGAGGUGCGUCUGCAGGCGCAGGAGGAUGAGAUCACGCUGCUGAAAUCCUCCCUGGCCGACGCCCUGCGCAGGAUCCGCCUCCAUGAUCAGCUCCUCCCGUUACUGAAACAGCAGCUCAUCGCAGUGAACCCGAGUGCUGCACGGGUGCUGAACCAAGUCUGCUGUUCAGAUGGUUGUACCAGCAGCAGAAAACUGUCCACCAGCUCAGCCAUCGAUGGAGUCCGUCACCCUGCUACCAGUCAAUUGUCAGAAAGCACUGUGACCAAUGCAAAUGGUCACAUAGGAAGUCCAGUGUCCGUGGAGCCUAGACCCAGACCAGUAACACUGGACAGGUCAACCCAGACAGAACCCACCAUCCUAGGGCAGGACACUGGGCAGGAAAGGAUCCCUGCGCCCAAGCGGGCACAGAGCCUGCAGCUGGAGGAUGCCCUACCACCAGGGCAAUCCAUGGUUGAAGCAACAAGGGCCAAGCUCCACCGUGUCCCUGGUAUGGAGGAAGAGGAUGAGGAGCAGGAGGAAUAUGAAGAAGGUAGAAGUGAGCAGGAAAAGGAGUUGAGCUGGACAUCGUCAGUGGAGGAGCCCAUUCAGCCCACCACCAUCACAGGCCUUCAGAGGGAGGACUUCCAGGAUGGAGCCUGCUCUCCAGAGGAGCCCAGCUCUGCCUCGCCUUUAGUCAGAACAUCAGAGCAGAACCUCAGCCCUCGCUCUGGACCCCUGUCCACUAUCCAGGAAGGAGAGAAGCAAACUCUGGUUCGUAGGAACAGCGAGAAACUGGGGAACCCGGAGAGGCAGAGGAAACGUCUGGACAAGAAGGCAGCGUCCUCGGCCAACCUUCUCACCCGCUCCCCAAGUCUGGAGAACCGGGCUAAGGAGCUUGUCGCCAAUGCAGGAUCCCCCGGGUCCAGAAGAGGAACCUACAGCCAAGGGCAGUCCAUCAAAAUGUUCAUCCGAGGCCGACCAAUCACAAUGUACAUCCCCUCUAACAUCCAAAACUAUGAAGACCUGAAGAUGGAGCCGCCCUCUGAGAGACUGGAGCUAGAUUGGGUCUAUGGUUACCGAGGACGGGACUGUCGGGCCAACCUGUACUUCCUUCCAACGGGCGAGGCGCUGUACUUCACCGCUUGUGUCGUCGUCCUUUAUCACAUCAACAACCGCACACAACGCCACUAUCGCAAACACACAGACUGCGUCCGCUGUCUCACCAUCCAUCCUGACAAGGUGCGAGUGGCAUCUGGACAGACAGCAGGGGUGGAGAAAGAUAAGCCUCUACAGCCUUGUGUUCAUAUCUGGGACUCCACCACGCUGGUCACUCUGCAGCAGAUCGGUCUUGGAACGUUCCAGAGAGGAAUUGGAUCAGUUGCAUUCUCCUCUGCUGACUCUGGAGCGUUCCUUUGUGUGAUCGAUGACACUAAUGAACACAUGCUGUCAGUAUGGGACUGCAACAAGGGGACCAAGCAUGCAGAGGUCAAGAGCACCAAUGAGGCUGUUUUUGCUGUGGAUUUCAACCCCAGCGACAGCACCAACAUCAUCACCUGUGGUAAAUCCCACGUCUACUUCUGGACACUGAGUGCAGGACAGUUCAUGAAGAAACAAGGCAUCUUUGGAAAAUACAAGAAGCCCAAGUUCAUCCAGUGCUUUGUGUUCAGCCUGACUGGAGAUGUUCUGACUGGAGACUCAGAGGGAAACAUCCUGACGUGGGGAAAAUCAGCAGCAGAUAUCAAAACUCUUGGUAAAGGAGCCAAAGAGACCUUCCAGAUCAUGCGUCAGACCCGAGCCCAUGAAGGCAGUGUGUUCACCCUGUGCAACCUGCAGGGCGGCGCUCUGCUCAGCGGAGGAGGGAAAGACCGCAAGAUCAUCCGCUGGAGCGCCGACCUGGCACCUGAGAGAGAGUGUGAGAUUCCAGAGAAGUUCGGGGCGGUCCGUACCAUCGCAGAUGUGGAUGGUGAGGAACUGUUAGUGGGAACAACCAGGAAUGCCAUCCUCAGAGGAACCUUCUCUGACGGAUUUGUGGCCAUAGUGCAGGGUCAUUUAGAUGAGAUGUGGGGGCUGGCUACACACCCCUCUGUGAACACCUUCCUCACCUGUGGUCACGACAGGCAGGUGUGUUUGUGGAACACAGAGGAACACAAGCUGGACUGGUGCAUCACUAUGGAGGAAUAUGGGCUGUGUGCUGAUUUCUGCCCUGUUGGAUCAGUGGUUUCAGUCGGCCUCAGCACAGGAAGGUGGGUGGUCCUCGACCUGCUGACCAGAGAGGUGGUGUCAGAGUUCACUGAUGGGAACGAGCAGCUGUCUGUGAUGAGAUACUCACCAGACGGCAGCGUUUUAGCCGUUGGAUCUCAUGACAACUUCAUCUACAUCUACAAUGUGACAGAGAGCGGCCGGCGUUACACUCGCUUCGGGAAAUGUAAUGGUCACUCCAGCUUCAUCACCCACCUGGACUGGUCCAAAGACGGGAAGUACAUCAUGUCUAAUUCAGGAGACUAUGAGAUCCUCUACUGGGACAUUGCUGCAGGUUGUAAACUAUUGAGGAAUCGCUUUGAGAGCAAAGACAGAGAAUGGGCUUCCUACACCUGUGUGCUGGGCUUCCACGUCAUGGGCGUGUGGUUGGAGGGAUCCGACGGCACCGAUAUCAAUGCGCUGUGUCGCUCUCACGGCGAGACGAUGGUGGCGGUGGCUGACGACUUCUGUAAAGUCCACCUGUUCCAGUACCCCUGUCCUAAACCAAAGGCACCAAGCCACAGGUAUGAAGGCCACGGCAGCCAUGUCACCAACGUCUGCUUCACCCACAGCGACUCGCACCUGCUCUCCAUCGGCGGCAAGGACACCUGCAUCCUUCAGUGGAAGGUGAUGGGAGGAGGGGGGGGCAGCAGCAGCAGGGAGGGACCGGCCUCAGUGUCAUCCACCUCCACCAGCUCUCCAGAACCUGCCACCAGCUAGGAAGGAGGUGACAGAGAGAGAAGUGUUUACACACAGCCAGAGAGGCGUGUAAGACGGUGGACGGCAGCCUGUUAUUGGCUCUUGGGGGCCACUGCCGCCUCCGUUUCAUACAGAACAUGUAGAAGAAUGUUCAUAUUAAAUGUACACUCGUGCACACGCAUAAUCAUGUUUAAUCCUCGUGAACUGGACGGUGUGAUAUCCUCACCAUAGCACAGACAGAUGUUGAACAUGUGGAGAAGAUCAUAGGAAGUCAUAUGUUUGCUGGUACAGAACAUGACCUGACUGCUAUGGUGACAGAGACUUUAAGUUUUACAGUGAAUGUUCUGUGUUUCACUUUCACUUUUCGUCCAUCUCAUUCUGCAUUGUGGCGC